AUGGAAAGGACCAAUUGGACAGAGAUAGAGUUCAUUCUGCAAGGACUUUCAGAGUACCCAAGAGCUGAAAAAUUCCUUUUCGUGAUGUGCUUAGUGAUGUACCUGGUGAUUCUCCUAGGGAAUGGCACCUUGAUCAUUCUGACACACCUGGAUGCUCGUCUCCACACACCCAUGUACUUCUUCCUUGGGAAUCUUUCCUUCCUAGACAUUUGGUACACAUCCUCCUCCAUCCCCUCAAUGCUGAUACACUUCCUAUCAGAGAAGAAAACUAUCUCCUUCACUAGAUGUGUGAUUCAAAUGUCUGUCUCUUACACUAUGGGAUCCACCGAGUGUGUGCUUCUAGCAGUGAUGGCAUAUGACCGCUAUGUGGCCAUCUGCAACCCUCUGAGAUACCCCAUCAUCAUGGGCAAGGCACUUUGUAUUCAGAUGGCGGCUGUCUCUUGGGGACUAGGCUUUCUCAACUCAUUGACAGAAACUGUUCUUGCAAUACGGUUGCCCUUCUGUGGAAAAAAUGUCAUUAAUCAUUUUGUUUGUGAAAUAUUGGCCUUUGUCAAGCUGGCUUGCACAGAUACUUCCUUGAAUGAGAUUAUUAUAAUGUUGGGCAAUGUAAUAUUUUUGUUUUCUCCAUUACUGCUGAUUUGUAUCUCCUACAUCUUUAUCCUUUCUACUGUACUAAGAAUCAAUUCAGCUGAAGGAAGGAAAAAGGCCUUUUCUACAUGCUCAGCCCACAUGACAGUGGUGAUUGUGUUUUAUGGGACAAUCCUCUUCAUGUACAUGAAGGCAAAGUCCAAAGACUCUGCUUUUGACAAACUGAUUGCCCUGUUCUACGGCAUAGUCACCCCCAUGCUCAAUCCUAUCAUCUAUAGCCUGAGGAAUACAGAGGUGUAUGGAGCUAUGAGGAAAUUAAUGAGUAGACCCUGGUUCUGGAGGAAAUGA